AUGUCUCUGCAGUACUUGGAAGACUGUGAAGUGAAGGGAGGCGAAGAUGCUAUUUGGACUUCGGCAUGGACAAAGCAUGGCGUCGUUGUCGGUCGAGCCUCUGGGCGUGUCGAUGUGAUCGAUGUAACUGAAGCACAAAUUUCACAGGCAAAUUCGGAUACACAUACCCUAGGCAUCGUUUCGAUGAGUCCUAGCGUCAAUGAUGAUCUUCUUCUCACUAGCAGCAUGGACGGAUCCGUGGCUUUGUGGCAGUGGUCUGAUCGUGCACUGUCGCGCCUUGCGCGACGUGAGCAUGUGCGUGAUGUACAGGUUGAUGGCGUGGCCUUUAACGUGGACGUAUGGGCGAGUGCGCUACACCCCUUGGGCACCAACUUUGCGGUCGCGGGCGAAGGUGCUCAUGUAUACCUCUUGUCCACUGACAUGGCGACAUUUGGCGAAGGCAUUCGUAGGCUGCCUGUGGACGAUGUGGAACCGAAUUCGUACGCUCUUUCGUUGGCCUUUAAUCAUGAAGGUGAUUUGCUCGCUAUGGGUACGAAUACAGGCACUGUUUAUGUGUGGCAUGUCGAAGAAGGCACGUUGCUUGCACGUAUUGCCGAUCAUGCAGAGCCCAUUCGUACGUUGAGCUUUUCCCUACCUAGCUCUAUGUACUCGGAUCAUUUGUACGUGGGCUCUGAUGACCGAACGACCACGGUGCACGACGUACGUGCCAUUCGCGCCAAAGAGGCUACGAGUGCUGUCACAGCAUUGCAAGGCCACAAGGGCUGGAUUCUUCGUGUUCAAGCAGGAGGUGACGGUCGUGUCGUAGCCACCAGUUCAUCCGAUGGCAUGGUACGGCUGUGGGACAUCGGUGCCUCACCUGUGCAAUGUGUUAUGACAGUGGCCCAAACUACGCCGAUUUGGACCGUGUCAUGGCGUCCUGAGGCAGCGCAGGCUUCCAACGAUGCGACUGCAACGCAGCUGGUGGUGCCUGGUAGCCAGUUUGUCACAGGGAGUGAUGAUGGCACUAUGCGCUUGUAUCGCAAUGCAGGUGCUCAAGCACAAAAUUCGUAG